AUGGUGCCGCCUGGGAAGAAGCCUGCCGGGGAAACUUCCAAUUCGAAUAAGAAAUGCAAGCGAUAUUUCAAUGAGCGCUGGAAGGAAGAGUUCGCCUGGCUGGAGUUUGACUACAAGCAGAAAACCAUGUUCUGCGCCGAGUGCCGCCAGGCCCUCGUGCGAAACAAGCACGGCAAGGCCGAGAAUGCUUUCACCGUGGGCACGGAUAACUUCCAGCGCCACGCCCUCCUGCGCCACGUCACCUCCGGGGCCCACCGCCAGGCCUUGGCGGUCAACAGAGUGCAGAUGGCUUCGGAGGCAGAGGCGCAAUGCCGCCAAGAGCCAGGCCCGCUCAUCAAAGCGGAGGUCCAUCCCGUCAAGGUUGCUGCCCUCACCACUGUCUACUGGAUGGCCAAGGAGGAAGUCCCCAAUGAGAAAUGGGCCUCCUUGCUUGAGUUGCAGAAGUUCAACCUCUGUCAAGCUCUGCUGUCCUCUGACUGUGAAGGGUACUCCCAGCCCGGGAGCAUCCAGGCGAUGCAGGCAGCCAUUGCCAAAGUCCUAGACGCUGAGGACAAGCUCAGGAUGAAGUCCUCACCCUUCAUUGGCCUCGUGGUGGAUGAGACUGUAGAUGCCCUGGAGAGAAGGAGGCUAGUCCUGUUUAGCACGGCCGUCUCCCUUCAUGCGGGUCAGACAUCCAUCACGUUCCUCGGCACCAUCCCACUUCCAGACAGCGAGGGUUGCACAGUGGCGGACAAAACCAUCAAGGCAAUGCUCUCCUUUGGACUACCAACCAAGAAGGUUGCAUGGCUGAAUUCUGUGGGGUCCUCCCCGCUGACCCACAGGCCCAGUGGUAUAUGGGCUAAGGUGAAAGCCAUCUGCCCCCUGCUCACUGAGGUUCACUGCCUUUCUCACCACUGGAGUAGUCCUCUGCGAGCAGCAAAGGACAUUUUCGAAGCAGACUGUGUAGAGAAGUAUGAGGCCGUGAUGGAUGCCCUCUGCAGGCUCUCUGUCAACUUCGCGGCAGGGAACAGUCGCCUCCGAGAGUUGCAAAAUGUCUUUCAGUUCUGUGAAAUGGACACAGAAAGGCCCAAGGCGAUCCACUGGAGCUCCAUCUUACCAGCUCUGGAGGCUGUCGAUUCUUCCUGGCCAACCUUGUUAUCUCAUCUGGAGAGCGAGUCAGAGAGAUCCCCAAUGGCGCUGGACGUCUGUGAAGAACUCAAGAAAUUCUACUUUGUAGCCUUCACUAAAGUACUUCUGGACACUCUGCCCGUCUUCCAGACACUAAAUAGAUUCUUCCUCUUGGAAGAUACUGAUCUUUCCAUCUUGAAACCCAUCGUCUCUGCCACCAUCGCCAACCUCCAACUCCAGAAGAACGUCAACGGCCAGAACUUCCAGGUGUUCCUUAAUGACCUCAUUGAGCAUCCUUGUGAGGACUGUAAAGGUGCCGAGAGUAGGUUCUUCUACAGAGGGGUGGAACUGUCUGACUGUUCCAAGAUGCAUGUGAAGAAGUUUGAGCAUUUCAAGAAGACGUACCUGGAGGGUAUCCGGUGCCACCUGCAGGAUAGAUUCCCUAGCCGGUCUUUGGAAGUGGUCAGUUCUUUGUCUGCCAUCUUUAACCCCAAGUGCUAUCCCCAGUCUUUAGAAGAGGUUGGAAGCUAUGGUAUAGAUGAGUUGAACUUCCUUUUGCAGGCGUACUCCAGUGUGGUGGUAAGUGAGCGGGCGCUAGACGACUUCCCCCUCUUCAAGCGGCUAGUGUUCAGCCUCCGCCAGCUCUCCUACAAGGAUCUAUGCGCUAAGCUGGUCUAUGAGAAUUCUGAGAUGCACCAGUUUUUCCCAGACUUUGCCAUCCUGGCUACAGUCGCUCUCGUCAUGCCUUUCGGCUCUGUGCUCAGAGAGAAAAUCAACCGGGCGAGGGAGCUCCUGAGGCAGUGCCGGUGGAGUUACAGAAAGGAAGACCAAGGCUUGUUCAGCGUCAUGAAGAUUGCCCUCAAUGGACCGGCUCUCAAGGAGUUUGAUUUUUCCUUGGCUGUUGACUAUUACGAAAGCAACACGUGA